CUGCCCUAUACAUCAACCAUCUGAACUGCUUGUCUUUUGGAAAACUGGACCCAUUCCUGAGUCUGUGCCUUUGCAUGAUCUCUGCCUGAAAUGCCUUUCUCCACUUGGCAGAUCUUAUAACCAAUGGAUAAAGUGGGGAAAAUGUGGAAUAACUUCAAGUACAGGUGUCAAAAUCUCUUCAGUCAUGAGGGAGGAAGCCGUAAUGAAAAUGUGGACAUGAACUCCAACAGAUGUUCAUCUAUGAAAGAGAAAAAUAUCAGUGUAGGAGACUCAACUCCUCAGCAACAAAGCAGUCCCUUAAGAGAAAAUGUUGCCUUACAACUAGGAUUAAGCCCUUCAAAGAAUUCUUCAAGGAGAAACCAAAACUGUGCCACUGAAAUUCCUCAGAUUGUUGAAAUAAGCAUUGAAAAGGAUAAUGAUUCAUGUGUCACCCCAGGAGCAAGACUUGCAAGAAGAGAUUCCUACUCUCGACAUGCCCCAUGGGGUGGGAAGAAAAAACAUUCCUGUUCUACAAAGACACAGAGUUCAUUGGAUAAUGAUAAAAAGUUUGGUAGAACGCGCAGUGGAUUUCAGAGGAGAGAGAGGCGAUACGGCGUCAGCUCUAUGCAUGACAUGGAUAGCGUUUCCAGCAGAACUGUAGGAAGUCGCUCUCUGAGACAGAGGUUGCAGGACACUGUGGGCUUGUGUUUUCCUAUGAGAACUUACAAUAAGCAGUCCAAGCCCCUAUUUUCAAAUAAAAGAAAAAUACACCUUUCUGAAUUAAUGCUAGAGAAAUGCCCUUUUCCUGCUGGCUCUGAUUUAGCCCAAAAAUGGCAUUUGAUUAAACAACAUACAGCACCUGUGAGUCCACAUUCAACGUUUUUUGAUACAUUUGAUCCAUCCUUGGUUUCUACGGAAGAUGAAGAAGAUAGGCUUAGAGAGAGAAGGCGGCUUAGUAUUGAGGAAGGGGUUGACCCCCCUCCCAAUGCACAAAUACAUACAUUUGAAGCCACUGCACAGGUUAAUCCAUUAUAUAAACUGGGACCAAAGUUAGCUCCUGGAAUGACUGAAAUAAGUGGGGACAAUUGUGCAAUUCCUCAAACUAAUUGUGACUCAGAAGAGGACACAACCACCCUGUGUUUGCAGUCACGUAGGCAGAAGCAACGUCAGGUAUCUGGAGACAGCCAUGCCCAUGUGAGUAGACAGGGAGCUUGGAAAGUCCAUACACAGAUUGAUUAUAUACACUGCCUCGUGCCCGAUUUGCUUCAGAUUACAGGUAAUCCCUGUUACUGGGGAGUGAUGGACCGUUACGAAGCAGAAGCCCUUCUUGAUGGAAAACCUGAAGGCACAUUUUUGCUCAGGGACUCUGCGCAGGAGGACUACCUCUUCUCCGUGAGCUUCCGUCGCUACAACAGAUCCCUGCAUGCCCGAAUUGAACAGUGGAACCACAACUUUAGUUUUGAUGCUCAUGACCCAUGUGUAUUUCACUCCUCCACUGUAACAGGACUUUUGGAACAUUAUAAAGACCCCAGUUCUUGCAUGUUUUUUGAACCAUUGCUUACUAUAUCACUAAAUAGGACUUUCCCUUUUAGCCUGCAAUAUAUCUGCCGUGCAGUGAUCUGCAGAUGCACUACAUAUGACGGGAUUGAUGGGCUCCCUUUGCCAUCAAUGUUACAGGAUUUUUUAAAAGAAUAUCAUUAUAAACAAAAAGUCAGAGUCCGCUGGUUAGAACGAGAACCAGUCAAGGCAAAGUAAAUUGUCCUGUCCCACAAGGGCAUUAACUAGGUCUGCUUUUAUGUGCAUCAGACAGUACACAUAUAGCAAGCACACAUAUCAGUGUUAGGAUUUUUUCAGUACAGUAUGUAAGCAUAGUGUCAGUAUCUGUCAGUUGCCAGAUGUGAUCCGCUGUUACUCAGAUCAACGUGGUGCCUAUUGAGACAACAGAGCUAGAACUGCAGGGAUUCAGUAAGGCUACAAAAACAUUUUUGCCAAUUUAACUGACAGUUUGGUUUUUCGUGGCUGUAGUUAUUAAGUGAUGCAACUCUGGGGCAUUUGUUACGAAGAAUUCUAUUUCUUACUAAAGAACAAAUUAUUAAUAUUGGAUGAGUAUUUCAACAGUGUGACUAAUGUUUGAAAUUAUUAUUUUUUCUAAGAAUUUUUCUAUAACCUUCCAUACAUAGUGAUGUUUGUAGUUACGAUAAAAUUAAGCUUUUUUGAAAGUCCAAAAAAUAAAGACUGCCUUCCUUUUAAAAAAAAAUGCAAUUUCCUGGCCAUGGGCGUAGUGCAGUUCAUGUAAGUGUUUGAUAGAGUUUAUCAUCAGUCUCCUUUUCUCCUCUGCAAAAGGCACUGUUAAGCCAGAUUUUCUAAAGUUUCAGACUUAAAAAAUUGGUAGAAUUUUAUUUAAAGACCUUAACUUGGCUUUUGUCUUGUUUUUAAUGAGUGCUUUAAGACGUUUGGAAUAGCUGCUGUAGUGUAGUCCUGGGUGUGAUUUUUUUUUUAAGUUAAUAUGUACAGUCCUAAUUGUUGUCUCAUUAAAGUUGGAUCUUUUCCUAUGCCCAUGAUAAAUUUGUGAACCAUGAAGAACAUGAAGCUAGAAGAUGCCCAAGCAAAUCAGAUAAUAAUAACUACAGUGGUUGCUGAUGUUGAGAUCGUUGUUAAACUGUUAUGAAUAAUUUGGAUGGCAGUAUUUUAUCUCUUUGUUGUAAACUCAUAGCUGAAUUGCUUAAGUACAAUUUAUAGAAUUUCAGUGCAGUCAAUUUUUAAUGGAAAAUUUGGAACUUAAAUCGCAGAUUUAAAAGGUACUGUAUAACUGUUGUGUCUGUAAAUAACUUAGCACCUUUUUUGUCACUUAGAAUAGUAUGCAAUACUACUUGAGUGAACGGUUUUGGAAGUAAUACCAAGUUCUAGUGUUUGCUUCUUAGUAAUGAACUGAAUUUACAGUUCUGUCCUAGACAUUUUGCACUAAAGUAGUCGAAUCCAUCCAUGCGUCUUUUGUUAUGUGCUCUGUACCACUGGUGAGUGCUCCUUAGCUUCCUUACCUGCUGCUACAGAAAGUUAUUUUACAUCCCAAUGGCUUUGCCAAAUGCUACAAAGAGAAAAGCUAUAUUUGUAUGCAACACUAACCCUUUGACUGCCAAUGUGUGUUUCUGCUUGCUGUGCCUUGUUAUGGCUGCUUUUUUGUGCUAAUAAAGUAUGUUUGGUGUUCUCCUUGUAUAUCUACUGUUUUAUACAUUUGCAACAAUUUCUCCUGUAAAUGGAAUGGUUUGGGGUUUUUUAAAAAGCAUUACGUGACAACCUACUAUAGUUAAUGCAGAAUUACUGUACAGUCUAAUACUGACUUAUUCCAAGUAAGCUGAUUCUAAAUUUAAUGCUAUACAUCCCUUCCAAACAUAAUCACAUAUCCUAUGGAACAGUAUCUAUAGUUACUGUAAAUUACUGUACAGUUUAGAUUAUAACAGAAAAACGAACAAAGAAAUAUGACUAAACCUGUUGAUUCUGUGCUUACAAAGUGAAAGAUUGAAACUACCAAUGAUAUGCAAAUAAAUAUCUAUAGACUCCUACUACAUUAGAAACAGGUUAAAUGAAGUCUUGUGAACUGCUAAUACAUCAGCAUCAUUUAUUGGUUUGGGACCAUUUUAAUUAAUAGUAAAUGCCCAAAAUGUAGAACUUGAACCAAAGACAUGUCCAUUUUAAAGCAAAAUGGGGAUAGAAGGGACUUACAAUUCCUCUUGUUUCCAAUACAAGUCCCUGAAAAACAUUUAUACCAAAGUGUUGAGAACUUCAUCCAAACCUACUUUAAAGCAUAUGUGCAAUUAAGUUGUUAUGACGUAAUUAUUAUAUUGCGUAAUUGUUGGGUCCGUUUUCUUGAACUUAUAAUGUACCUGGAAAAUAAACCUCUUAGAAAAUAAUGGAAGUCCAUAUUGAUUAUUGGAGGACUAUAUAUACAAGCAGCAUCUUGUUUUAUAAAGAGGUAACUUGAAACUCCAAGAAAGCACUUGAUGUUUUAUAUGCUUGUAGCAAAUUGAUGUUCUAAUUGUAGUUUUAUAGAAAGUAUUAAUGCUUUUAUGUACUUCAGAACUUUCAUAUGUUUAAAUGGAAAUUGUUUUAAAUGUGUAAAUAUUUCAGUUUGUGUAAGCAUGUAUACACUGUGCUAAAAGUCACAUGUUUCAGUUUGUGUGUAAUAUUAAUAUGCAACUUUUGGUUAAAAUAUUUCAUAAAUUAGUGGCUUACGUUUAAAAAAAAAUCACCAGCAUGAAUUUGCACCUAAGUCUAUUUUCACUAUGUCUUUUUCCGGGUCCCCUUUGUAGCCUAUCAACUUAAUUUGUGAGUUCAUCGUCUUUUUAAAGAGCAUUUUAAUAUGAUCCAGAAAAUUCUUUGGUAGUUUGGACUAACACACAUUCAUUGAGAAAAUCAAGGGAAGGUUGCACUGACUGUUACAUUUAUUCUUUCAUGUUCUCUGUGUA